UACACCGACAGGCUGUCCUACGCUGUAGGCGCCUUUGUCGCUGGAGUGGCUGCCAACCGGUACGGCCGGAAGUACUUGUUCGUCGUUGGGGGCAUCGUUUACAUAAUAGGGGCGUUAAUAACGGCUUUCACGACGAGCUUCUUUGCGUCGUCCCUGGGACGGGCUGCGGGUGGUUUCGGCGUUGGGAUGGGUCUCCUUGUGGGACCUAUCUACAUUGCCGAAACGGCACCCUCCACUACUCGUGGUUACCAUGGUACCUUUCCCCAGUUACUAAUUGCAGUGGGGUCCAUGGUGGCGUACGCUUUGGAAUUGGCACUCGUCCGGGCUCCACGACACGUAGCAUGGAGGGUUAUGGUGGGGGCUGUGACGCUACCCACCGGGCUCUUCACCUACUUCGUCUUCUCGCGUUGGUUCUCAGACACGCCGUGCUGGUUGAUGAUGAUCGGCCAGGUGAGGCUCGCCGAGCAGCUGAUGGAGCAGUGCGGGGCCACGGGCAAGGAGCCUUGGGAUAGGAGGGAGCAGCUGGAGCACGUCGCCGGGUUUCCCUAUCGCUCCGUAGUCGAUCCACGUCGGGUGGAUCUGUUUCCCGGUCGGAUUACCGGGUUCUGGGCCCAUGUGUCCGACCGGUUGGGUUCCCAGUUUCGGGACGUGUCGGCAGUCACUGUCUUGCACGUCGCCCAGGAGGCGGCGUGCGAGCAGAUGGCGAUCCGAUACGCUCUCGUGGCGCUCACACGGAACGGCUUCGGGUCGGUCCAUACCUACUCGGGCGUACUUCUAGUGCUUUCCUUCGCCAAGUUGGUUGCGACGACGUCCUCCUUGCAUGGAGCGCAGAGAUCCAUGGAAGGGCGGAGGAGAAUGGUGCUUGGAGGGAUGGUGCUAGCGGGAUGCUCCUUGGGGUUCCUCGCCGGGACGAGCUUUGCCGAUGCGCACGACCACAUCGGUCGUGGAGUCGCGGUUGUGCUGCUGUGCGUCGAGACGAUUGCACUACAGACGGCACUUGGGCUCGCAUUGGGGCCCAUACCCUGGAUGUACGGUCCAGAGGUGUUCCCGCUCGCAGUGCGAGCACCCAGUGUUGGGCUUUGCCUCGCCUUCAAGUUUUUGUUUACUACAUUUUUUAACUGGACUUUUGAUGGAUUUGGACUGUUCUCCACUGUUGAUACAGUCUGGCUGAGCUUCCUGUUAGCUUUUGGGCUUAUCGUAGUUAGUUUUUUGGUUUCUUUUGGGUUGGUUAGGGAGACUACUUUUAGACUGUUGAUGGAUGAUCCGUAGUAUAGUUGUUUCCUUUUCUUUCCUCUUAUUGUAUGUAAGACAUUCAUUCAAUCCUUUGGAGGUAUAUA